CGCCAACAGGAGACAGACACGGCAAGCCAUCAUGUUGAAGGCACUCGUAGCUGCUGCCCUCGUGGCUCUUGUAUCAGCCGACGGCAUUCCAGAUUUUGUAGCUCCUGGAAACUGUGCCAAAGUGGCAAAUCAAGACAACUUCGACCUUCGUAGAUAUGCUGGUCGCUGGUAUCAGGUAAAGAUCAUCGACAACGCCUACCAGCCAUACACUCGCUGCAUCCACUCCAACUACGACUACUCUGACUCUGACAACGGCUUUAAGGUGACCACAGCUGGAUUCAGCCCCAACAAUGAGUACCUCAGACUGCAGGGCAAGAUCUACCCGACAAAGGACUUCCCAACUGCCCACAUGCUUAUUGACUUCCCUACUGUUUUCGCCGCUCCCUAUGAAGUGAUCGAGACUGACUACGACAGCUAUGCCUGCGUAUAUUCUUGUAUUGAUACAGACAAAUACAAGUCCGAGUUCGGCUUCGUGUUCUCCCGUACUCCACAGAAGUAUUCCGCAGGAACGGCGUCGACUUUUCGUCUUUCAAUGUAGUUCCUCAUUCAUCCGAAUGUACUUACAGGACAUAGACAAAUACCAAUGCUCUGCACAAUAAUAAGAUACAAAUGUGA